AUGACAACAUUUCUAAAAUCGAUUAAUGGAUUUCAACUUUUCCACAAAUGCUUGAAACAAAGCAUUGAUAUGAUAUCUAUCCCAAAACGAGAAAAAUUUCGAUCUGUGAAACCUAGAUAUCGUCAUCCAGAGUGGCUUCCAAAACCACAACGUGUUUUGUAUGAUGAACGGUUGACAGAAGAUAAUAAGCAGUUUCUUGACGAAGUGGUUCAAAACAAGUUUUACGAUUCGUCAAAACUUUCUCCUUUAAAAAUCGAUCCAAUCGAGCCUACAGUGGAGUGGAAGCAAGGUAUGCAACGUACCGGCUUAAUCGCCAAGAAAAUAGGGGUUUAUCCAUUAUGGUUAAAAAAUGGAAAAAGAGUUACUUCGACGUUACUUCAGAUUGUUGAUAACGAAGUAGUAAAAUAUAUACCACCAGAGAAAUAUAAUCCAGUAAUAAGUAAGAGACCUCCAAUACAAGUCAAAAACAGACGCGGGUGUCUUGUAGUAGGUGCAGAAAAUAUAAAUCCACAAUUGAUCACUAAAGAAUACUAUGGUAUUUUCGAUGAUACUGGAGUUAUACCGAAACGUAUACUAAGAAGAUUUGUAGUAUCUCCAGAAGCGGCAUUGCAACCAGGAACUCCUUUAUUCGCUACACAUUUUAAACCAGGGGACGUCGUCGAUAUUCGCGGAAAAACGGUUGAUCGUGGAUUCCAAGGUGUCAUGAAACGAUGGGGCUUCAGCGGAAUGCCUGCCAGUCACGGUGUAACAAAAACUCACAGAAGACCUGGAAACAUUGGGUCAGGUGGUGGGAAAGCUCGAGUCAUGCCUGGCACUAAAAUGCCCGGUCACAUGGGUAAUAGGUGGCGUAUCAUCAAAGGUGUUCGGAUUCUACGAAUAAAUACGAAAUAUAAUGUGAUUUGGGUUCUUGGGCAUAAUAUACCUGGCGAAACCAAUACUUAUUGUUACAUGUACGAUACAAUACUUCCUCUGAGGCAACCUAAGACAGCGCCAAAUUUCCCUACAUAUUUUCCGAGUAUUACCGAAGAAUCGCUUCCGGAGGAUCUGUAUGCAGAUGAUGUACAUGUGUUUUCAGAUCCCACAAUAGAAUUUAAAGAAGAAUCUUAAUUGUAUAUCUGUAUAAUAUUAAAUUAAAAAAUAUAUAAUUACAAAAU